UGAUCAGCUGUGUCCAAUCACAGCUGAUUGAUUGCAUCUGUCACACUGACAGAGGAGAGGAGAGCCAGGGACAUUUACACUGAUCAUCAGGGCACUGAUGAUCAGUGUGCCCUGAUGAUCAGUGUAGCCCCAGCAGUGCCACCUGUCAGUGUCCAUAAAUGCCACCUGCCAGUGCCCAUCAGUGCCACAUAUCAGUGUCAGUGCCCAUCAGUGCCACCUGCCAGUGCCCAUCUGAGCUGACUUUCAGUGCCACCUAUCAGUGCCAGUCAGUGCCACCUAUCAAUGCCAGUCAGUGCCACCUAUCAGUGCUGCCUAUCAGU